UUUAUGUAUGGUUCAUUGUAAGAGUUAAAGCGGGUUAAAGAAAAAGGUAUGUUCAGCGGGGAAGGAGAGACUUGUUUUGAGAGGAGCUGAGGACUGACUGCCCAUGGUGGAUGGGCGGAGCAGCAAGCAUGCGCUGAGCUGGCAGAGACGGGGCUAGUCUGCUGCGCGCAAGGAGAGGGAGAUCACGGGCUGGCUCGGGUCCUCUCAGACGGACGCGGGGAGACCACCUUACCAAUCACGUCUCCUUGAGGACUAAAUAGGCGAGAACAGAGAAGAGCAAGAGAGAGAGUGAGAGACAGGGAGAAAUAGAAUAAUAGAAAGCUAUAAGGACAACACCUCCGUUUGUAACCACAGGGAGUCGGCAUCUGGAAACAUAACGAGUGAAGAAGACCCCCCCUCGCGACAUCUCUCGGCUCUGUAUCUCCCAGCGCACCCCUCCUAUAGCCUACUCCCUGGAGAACGACCACCCAUUGAACACCCUAAUUGACCAGCGUUGCCAUUAAGCGAUGCACUUUGAAUCCAAGACGAAACCGAACGCGUCAUUUUGAUGCACAUUCUACAACCAGUGAUCUUCAUUUUCCAAAACGGAACAGUUUAGACUGUGGACACAGUUUUGGGUGUUUAGCCUAAAUUUAACGGGUUUCUGGCGACGUGAAAUUAUCUCAUCCCCGGUAACUGACAUCAACACUAUACGAUUAUCUCGUAUUGCUUGUGGAAGAGUCUUAUCAUCUUCGUUUUAUUCCAUUUUCUAUUUUAUUUUCCAAACCAAUGGUCUGGGAACGGACCGCCUCACCCGACACAGUAUUUUAUUUAGACGUGUCAGCUUCGUCUAGUGCUUUGAACGAGGACAACAUUACAGAAUUGCAAGGGGAAAUUGUCAUCGAGAGGCUUUUGCACAAAAAUACUGAGUGGAAAGUUUGUUGCCGGAUAGGGAAUAAAUCGGAGACAUCUCGGCCAUAUCCACGGGAUUUUUCCCUAAGGUGGGAGGUCCGUGGGCUGCAGCCAUGCUGUCCUUGGACGAGCCAUUGGACCUAAUGCUCCCCCGGGGGCGUGUCAACGGGCGGGACAGGGGUGCACGGUCACCCCCCACCCUCACCCUCUCUCCGAUACCCUUCAAGCGCGCCCGGCAGCUCCGCAUGGCUGAUGAUGGCACAGCCGUCAUAGUGCCCGCCUCCCCGGCCUCGCCACACACAGGUGUGCUGGUGGUCUCCCAGGAGAGGCCAGAGACACCCCCCACCCCGCCGGCCGUGGACCUCAGUACGUCCCCCUCCUCUCGCCACACCUCCAGCUCCCCAGAGAUGACCAACGGAAACGGGGUCUCCCACCACAUCAUUGCAGGGGACUCAGCUCACAUCCGUUACGUGGAGAGCAGAGCCUCCUCGCAGGCCUUCCAGUUCUUCGUGCCGAUUGGUGCUGGGGCCGGACUCCACCUGCCGUCAUCCAUGUUCAUUGGCCAGCCCAACGACAAGCGGGCCUCUCCCGAUCUCUCAGCAGACGAACAGCUGGCCUGUCGCUGGAGGAAGUGCCAUCUUCUCUUUGAGUCCCUGCAAGACCUCGUGGACCACGUCAACGACUUCCACGUCAAACCUGAAAAGGAUUCUGGUUACUGCUGCCACUGGGACGGCUGCGCUCGCAAAGGGCGGGGCUUCAACGCUAGGUACAAGAUGCUUAUCCAUAUCCGUACACACACCAAUGAGAAGCCUCACCGCUGCCCCACCUGCAACAAGAGCUUCUCUCGCCUGGAGAACCUCAAGAUACACAACCGCUCACACACAGGUGAGAAGCCCUACAUGUGUCCAUACGAGGGCUGCAGCAAGCGCUACUCCAACUCCAGCGACCGCUUCAAACACACACGCACCCACUACGUGGACAAGCCCUACUACUGCAAGAUGGCCGGCUGCCUGAAGCGCUACACAGACCCUAGCUCCCUCCGUAAGCACAUCAAGGCCCACGGCCACUCUGUAGCCCAGGAGCAAGCCUCUCUCGGUGGGCUGAGCUCCCUGCUCAAGGUGGGUCCCCUGGGGGUGGGGAUGGGUGGAGGAGGGGGGAAGCUGGGGGAGUCUGAGCUGAGCUACCUCAGUGGGGCCCAUAUCAUCAUCCCCAGUGCCGCUGCCGCUCUCCUGGGGGGCCACGCUCUGCAGGGCCUGGCGGGCUCCAUCCCUCUAUCCCCCCUCACCCCCCGGCCCCUGGACCUGAGCACGCUGGGGGGGUGCCCCAGCUCCCCUUGCACCACCUCCAUCCUGUCCUUCAAUGGUUCUCCUCUGAGCCUGGCCACCAAGUCGUCCCUGGGGCUCUCCCCGGCCUUCCCCUCCUCAGCCCUGGGGCUGGGGCCCGUGUCCCUAGGAGGAUCCAUGGGGUCGUCCGCCUCGGAGCGCAGGGCCCACCACCAUGGGUGUCACCACAAGGGGAAAAUUGGGGGGGAGGAGGGGAAGGACAAGCUUCAUCGUGGGGGGGUGCUGAACCUCUCCAUGGGGGCCUCCCACGACCCCCUGUCCUGGGUGGUCGUCCCCUCCGGCACGGUUGUGCUCAAGCCAGCUGUGGUCAACUAACACACACACACACACACUCACACACACACACAUUCCAGAGGAGCUCAAGGGGGGCUGAGAAAAGGUAGAAAAAAAUUGACGGGUGAAAAGAAAGAAAGUCUACUUUCAGGCAACUUAAACUUAACAACAAAGUCCACACCUCAGUUUGUAAAAUUGACUCGGACAAAAAAAGAUAUAAUUGAUUAGAGAAACGUAAACUGAGGUAUCUGGCACUGCUAUCUUUGCAUUUAUCUAGCACAUUUUGGGACCAUCAACAACUCAUAAAUAUAUUUCAAUCAUGUGUAAUUUUGUAUUAUUUCAUAAGGCUUGAAAAAAAAUGCAACAGCGGCCCUCCUCACCUCUUCACCACAUUCUCUGGCUUUUCUCACGUACUUACGUUUCCUUUGUUUCUGGACGGGCUCCAUUGAAACGACAGUCUUCUAAUGCUCUGUGUCCUUGCUCAAGCUCCACCUCAUGUGUAUGUAUUGAUAAUGUUCAUGUUGACAGUGUGCUCUGUGGCCUAGCAGUGAGGUAGACACACAAAGGAAACAGUAGGAGGCGCUCACUGCUAGGCUAGCAACACACAGUACGUCCCCAUUCCGCUGCUUUAAAGGUUACAGAAACUACUUCCUAUCAAGUGCUGGGAACACAAUGGGACAAACUUUCUGUUUUAUCGGAAGUGAAGUCAAACUGAUUUAGAAGGGGAUUACGGAUUAAUUGAAUGCGGGUUAUUGACUGCAUCUCCUUACUUUAAACAGUAGGGCGGUGCUAUUGGAUGUCAAUCAGAGUGCCAUCCACAGGAGCACACGUAUUAUUCGAUGAUGUGUAUGUCAAUCAGAAUGACAUCCAACCAAGGAGCACCAAACCCCUUUGAGUCAGUAGAUCAACCCAGGCUAUAGUGAUGUAAACCUCACAACUGCUGCUAAGCUCUCAACAACUCUCCUCAAACAUAACCGAAACGGAACGGGAGCACUUUGAUGACUAUUUUUGACAAUCUUUUCCCGAUUCGGGGAGGGUGACCAUCGUGGACCAGCCCUUUCCACAAUGAUAUGUGACGGGCUUGUCGUUGCACACUAGGGGCUGUGUAAGGACGCAGAGCAACUGAAGUCUUAGAAGGCAGACAAACGGUGUUAUAUCACCCAGCAAAUGACCAAUAUUCUUCCUCUUCUUCACGGUAACGUCUAUGGCACAGGUGUUGUUAUGUACCCCUGGUGGACAGGUGAAUUACUCUGGCCAGUCAGCCUCCCAGUCCAAUGUAUUAUUGUCCACAACAACUCUACUUGUAAAUGACACAGUGAGUGAAGUACCGAGUAUGAAAGGUCCACUGUUUAAGUAACACACUGUGUUGUGGAACAGUGUUUGAAAUGACCUUUCAUUAAAAGCAGCUGUGUAAAACAGGUGGCUGUCCAGUGAAGAGUCCUGAGUCCUUGUGGAGUUGGAGCUGUGUAUCCUGAAGCACAGGGUGUGUGACACAUGACUGGCUGGUUGACACUAUAGGGCUGACUCAAACCGUACCGUGGUGGCUCGGAUUUCCUUUCCACAUUGUUCUGUUGAGCAUGGUUCCAGCAUCAUGGCGUAACCAGGCCAGGCAGGCAUGGUUUGGCCCUGUGGUGUGAAUCACGCUUUACUGCUGCGUACAGCUGGGCUGGUCAGAGAACCACAGCCACACUAGAAACUGCGUCACUUCACUUUUCCAAGGAAGUGGGGUUAAUUCACAGACUUUUAGAACAAUUUACUUAUGUAGGAAUCCGUGUGGUUCGAUUGAUGCAUUCAACAUGCACUUAUACCAUACACACCAAUGUCUUUGUAACGUUUUACUAAACAUGGAACUGCCAACUUGUACUUGUGGCUCUCUGGAAACAUUUUGUCUUUUUCCAUCUUCACUACCUUGGUCUUCCCUUCAUUUACGCUCAGGCUUGAAACGGCCACCUUUCUCUGUGGACUCUGGGGUCCUUUCACAAGCUGGCGUCGCAGAGAUAUGAUGUAUGUAGAAUGUUGAGUGAACCAUGUUAUGUGGGUAUAGGAGGGAGGAGGAGAAGAGGAGGACAGGUGAGAGGAGCAUCUCAACACAAGAAACAUUCCCCUGAAGAGCCAAAUACCCCUCUACUCACUCUCUCUCUCUCCAUCUUUCUUUAAAGGUCUUACAUUUCCAUUUUCCAUGACGGUAUGUCCAUACUUUAUUUUCCAUGACGGUAUGUCCAUACUUUAUUUUCCAUGACGGUAUGUCCAUACUUUAUUUUCCAUGACGGUAUGUCCAUACUUUAUUUUCCAUGACUGUAUGUCCAUACUUUAUUUUCCAUGACUGUAUGUCCAUACUUUAUUUUCCAUGACGGUAUGUCCAUACUUUAUUUUCCAUGACGGUAUGUCCAUACUUUAUUUUCCAUGACGGUAUGUCCAUAGUUUAUUUUCCAUGACGGUAUGGCCAUACUUUAUUUUCCAUGACGGUAUGUCCAUACUUUAUUUUCCAUGACUGUAUGUCCAUACUUUAUUUUCCAUGACUGUAUGUCCAUACUUUAUUUUCCAUGACGGUAUGUCCAUACUUUAUUUUCCAUGACGGUAUGUCCAUACUUUAUUUUCCAUGACGGUAUGUCCAUACUUUAUUUUCCAUGACUGUAUGUCCAUACUUUAUUUUCCAUGACUGUAUGUCCAUACUUUAUUUUCCAUGACGGUAUGUCCAUACUUUAUUUUCCAUGACUGUAUGUCCAUACUUUAUUUUCCAUGACUGUAUGUCCAUACUUUAUUUUCCAUGACGGUAUGUCCAUACUUUAUUUUCCAUGACGGUAUGUCCAUACUUUAUUUUCCAUGACGGUAUGUCCAUACUUUAUUUUCCAUGACGGUAUGUCCAUACUUUAUUUUCCAUGACGGUAUGUCCAUACUUUAUUUUCCAUGACUGUAUGUCCAUACUUUAUUUUCCAUGACGGUAUGUCCAUACUUUAUUUUCCAUGACGGUAUGUCCAUACUUUAUUUUCCAUGACGGUAUGUCCAUACUUUAUUUUCCAUGACGGUAUGUCCAUACUUUAUUUUCCAUGACGGUAUGUCCAUACUUUAUUUUCCAUGACGGUAUGUCCAUUGUUUUGAGAAUAAUCACAGUUCUGGUUGUUUUUGUUAGUCAUUUGUUUGUUCUUUUGUCAUCGAUGUUCAGACGAGACAUUUUCUGAUGUUGAAGUUGCUUUGUUUUCUAUUUCUUGUAAUGGCUGCUCUGUAACUCAGCUUUCUCCCUGGGCUGGCCCAGGAUAUGGAGGGGCUGUAGGGAUGAUGGUCCUUCCUGUCCUGAACAGGGUUGUGUUCAUUAGGACAUGCAACAGAAAACAUAAAAACAUGUUUUGCAAUGGAAAAGUAGUGUUUCUGAGCACUGGACAAAUCCAGAUAGUCCCUUCCUUUUUCAGUCCGUUUGGUGCCUAAUGAACACGACCCAGGUGAGUGGGGUCAGGGGAUGGCCAAUUUAUAAUAAUAAUAAGAAGAUAUAAUCCUCACUGACAAUCACACAGUUAUAGAAGAGGUCCUGUACAGAUCCUCACUCUGUAGAGAGAGUACACACUCUCUGUUCAUCUAUUGGCAGGGUUUACCUCCAGACCCACACACUCUCUGAGUUCAUCUAUUGGCAGGGUUUACCUCCAGACCCACACACUCUCUGUUCAUCUAUUGGCAGGGUUUACCUCCAGACCCACACACUCUCUGUUCAUCUAUUGGCAGGGUUUACCUCCAGACCCACACACUCUCUGUUCAUCUAUUGGCAGGGUUUACCUCCAGACCCACACACUCUCUGAGUUCAUCUAUUGACAGGGUUUACCUCCAGACCCACACACUCUCUGAGUUCAUCUAUUGACAGGGUUUACCUCCAGACCCACACACUCUCUGAGUUCAUCUAUUGGCAGGGUUUACCUCCAGACCCACACACUCUCUGAGUUCAUCUAUUGGCAGGGUUUACCUCCAGACCCACACACUCUCUGAGUUCAUCUAUUGACAGGGUUUACCUCCAGACCCACACACUCUCUGAGUUCAUCUAUUGACAGGGUUUACCUCCAGACCCACACACUCUCUGAGUUCAUCUAUUGGCAGGGUUUACCUCCAGACCCACACACUCUCUGUUCAUCUAUUGGCAGGGUUUACCUCCAGACCCACACACUCUCUGAGUUCAUCUAUUGACAGGGUUUACCUCCAGACCCACACACUCUCUGAGUUCAUCUAUUGGCAGGGUUUACCUCCAGACCCACACACUCUCAGAGUUCAUCUAUUGGCAGGGUUUACCUCCAGACCCACACACUCUCUGAGUUCAUCUAUUGGCAGGGUUUACCUCCAGACCCACACACUCUCUGAGUUAAUCUAUUGGCAGUGUUUACCUCCAGACCCACACACUCUCUGAGUUCAUCUAUUGGCAGGGUUUACCUCCAGACCCACACAUUCUCUGAGUUCAUCUAUUGGCAGGCUUUACCUCCAGACCCACACACUCUCUGAGUUCAUCUAUUGGCAGGGUUUACCUCCAGACCCACACACUCUCUGAGUUCCUCUAUUGACAGGGUUUACCUCCAGACCCACACACUCUCUGAGUUCAUCUAUUGGCAGGGUUUACCUCCAGACCCACACAUUCUCUGAGUUCAUCUAUUGGCAGGGUUUACCUCCAGACCCAUACAUUAUGUCCAUGGUGCUGUCAAAGUGACCAUGUGGUCCAGUAGAUGGAGUGGUUGUGGUGGUAUAAAGGUCCAUAGCUACACAGACUGGGCACAUUAAUCAGUGUCCAAUUUACACAGCACCA